ACCGCCAUUUUAUUAGCAGGGCAUUGGCGGCCAAAGUCGGUUUGGCCCUAGAAGUAUGCUUUUUUGUAGCUUUUACGUAAUGUACAGCUUUUGUUCAAGCCUAGGCCAGGCAGAUAAGCUCUACCAACUAGGGCCUGAGUCCUAGACUAGGCCUACUACUGGGCUAGCUAGGCCUGGCUAACACUACUACUACUAGGUUAGUUGGCGAAGGUACGACCUAGGUUGAAACUGCAGACUCAAACCAUAUUCAGAUCCAGAAUAGAGGAAGAAAAAAGGAAAAAAUAAGGACCAAUAGAACUGAACUGACAACAUGGCUACUAGGAAUUUAGGAAAAGGAAAAAGCCGCGCACAGAACAAAAGACAAAGAAAAAGUAGGGCAACCUUUAAAGGAAUCUCUGAUGAAGACUUCAGGCAAUUGCUGGUAAAAGUGUCUGAAUGGUAUAACGACCGUGGGUACAUCGACAUGCUGAAAGUGUUGUACAGAGACAAUGCGACUGAUGUCUAUCUGUUAGAAAAUGCCUCUGACACAAUGACUUUGCUGCAAUUGCUUUAUGAUUCUGAUGAUCUGUCUCCAUCUGAUCUGACGCUUCUCUAUGAAACUGUAAAGGCAACUCGGCAAUUUGGUUUGGAACGGAUAAUUAAAGAUCAAAUACCGUCAUGUCCAAAUAUCAGGGAAAUCGAAAUUUCAAAAUUCAAGCCAUACAGACUAAAGCUGAUGAAUCUGGGAUUCUCACUGGCCAAGUUUGAUGUAGUAAAAAUCAGUGGACUUAAUAAUAAGUCCAGUAAAGAGGUAUAAA